CUCGCUCACAAACCGAUGCGGACAGUGACAAACUACUUCCUGUUGAACCUGGCUCUCGCGGACACUUCCAUGGCGGCCUUCAACUCGUUCGUGAACUUCGUUUACGCUGCACAUGGGGACUGGUACUUCGGGCUCGUCUACUGCAAGUUCCACAACUUCCUUCCUGUGACAGCGGUGUUCGCCAGCAUCUACUCCAUGGUGGCCAUCGCCGUGGACCGGUACAUGGCCAUCAUCCACCCACUCAAGCCGCGCCUCUCGGCAACGGUAACCAGGUCUGUGAUAGGCUGUAUCUGGGGUAUGGCUGUGGUACUAGCGUUCCCGCUGUGUUACUACUCAACCACCAGAAAGAUUGGACAGAGAACACUGUGUUACGUCUACUGGCCCCGCACUGCUCAGGACUCAUUCAUGUAUCAUAUAAUAGUAGCAGUGUUGGUGUAUGUGCUGCCUCUAGUGGUGAUGGCUGGUACCUACAGUCUGGUGGGUAGGACACUUUGGGGCGGAGAGAUACCUGGUGACUCUAAAGAUAACUACCAUCUACAGAUACAAGCCAAGAGGAAGGUGGUGAAGAUGAUGAUGAUUGUGGUGGUAACGUUUGCAGUCUGCUGGCUCCCCUACCACCUCUACUUCAUGAUAACAGGACUCAACAGACAACUGAACAGAGUCAAGUCUAUACAGCAGGUGUAUCUAUCAGUGUUGUGGCUGGCUAUGAGCUCCACCAUGUACAACCCUGUCAUCUACUGCUGUCUCAAUAGCAGGUUCCGUGCAGGGUUUAAGCGUGCAAUGCGCUGCUGUCCGUUUGUCCGUCUGUCUGAAUACGACCAGAUGGAACUACAUAGCGCCCGUUUCCAUGCCAACAGACAGAGCAGCAUCUACACCCUGACCCGCUUCGAGUCCUGCUCCGCCGACCCACACAACGACCGCAGCGACAGGAGUCAGGGUGGUCGUCAUGGUAGCAUCGCACACAACGGGGUGAAUCGUCACGGAACCCGACAUACACUCCUGACACACGCUAGUUACCACGGCAACCCCCGAGGGUCCACCUCCGCCACGGAGCUCACCUGA